AGGAAUAAAGAGGAAAUAGGGCGGAGAUUAACGCUACUGCUGAUGUGUGAGCUGUUGUGAUCAAGCUGCAGUUUACUGUACUUUAACGUUUCCUUGCAGAGAUCCCAACAGUUAAAAGGAAGACAUGUCUUCUCCUCCCAAAGAGAAAACGGACACCAAAGCCGGUCACCUUCCUGCUGUUAAAGCGGGAGGAAUGAGAAUUGUGCAGAAGCAUCCGCAUACUCCUCAUGUAGAAACCAAAGAGGAGAAGAACAAAGAGGAGGAGAAUUGGGAAAGCGGUAUUGUCCCACCUAAACCACCUUUAAUUAUCUCUGGAGCUGUUACAAGGGGUGACAAGGACUUUCCUCCAGCAGCUGCUCAGGUUGCUCAUCAGAAGCCUCAUCCUUCUGUUGAAAAGUUGCCUCCUGCCCAUCAUGUUAACCAGCAUAUUAAUCAGCCCCGCAAGUGAAGAGCAAGCACGACAAAAACACAAUCACCCUUUCUUGAAAGCAGGGUUUUAACAAACUUUUCUGAUAUAUGAUGGCAAUUUAAUAAAGUGGUUAAUGUUUAUCAAGAAUUUUAACACAAUCAAAAACAAAUAUAAACAGAAUGUUAGACUCCCUUGUUGGGAUUUAUUCACUAAAGCAGGAGUUGUAAGGAUAGUUUGCAAGAAAUUGUGCUUUGGACACACUGACUUCAUUCUGCUUUAUAAUGUGCUAUCCCUGCCAAGCUUCUGCUACAAAGAGGGCUGACCCGGGCCUGCAUAAUGCAAAGUUCAAAUGAUGAAAAAAUAGAAA